AUGACAAUGUCCAUCCAAAUCAGAGAAGCCACUCAGGAUGACAUCUCUCAAAUCCACGCUAUCUACAGCUUCUACGUGCGCGAGUCAGUCGCCACAUUCCUUCGGCAUCCCCCUCCCCUGGAAUCCCUUAUCGCCUCUUUCCGAGACAUUCAGUCCCGCGGGCUACCGUAUCGCGUAGCAAUCGACGCAACGGGCAAAGUCCUAGGGUACAGCUACCUCACCCCGUUCAAUGGCACACGGAUGGCAUACGCGCCGACUGUCGAGCUAUCCCUGUACAUUGACCCAGAAUAUACAGCGAAAGGCGUAGGGAGCCGUCUACUCUCGUCCAUUCUGGAGUCUGUCGAGUCAGAAGCGGGGGUUUGGCACCGUGCGCGGGAACACACGGAGUACGAAUCGCAUGUCCAGGUUAUUCCAGAGGACGAGGGUCGAGUGCGUAGUAUUAUCGCCUGUAUGUCGGUUGACACUACCGGGAAGGAGAAUGGCGAGGGUUUGCGAAAGUGGUAUGAACAACGCGGGUUUGUGGAGAGAGGGCGACUGAAGAAUGUGGGAUAUAAAAAUGGGCGAUGGAUUGAUACCGUCUAUCUGCAGUACAGUGUUUGUAGCGAUGAUAACCUCUAA